GCCCCAAACCAAUUAAUUUAGUUUACUGCAAGAGAGAAGAGGGUUUGCAGUUUGCACUAGAUACCACAAAUCUUUUCUGAAAUUAAGAUUAAGGGUCCCUCUGUUUCCUCUUCAAAUGUUUCCUUUUAUUUUCAUUUGCCGUUUUUGACUCGUCCUUGUUAAUGCCACAAAGAAGAAAUCUAAGGAAACGGAGCCGAAAUAAUCGCAGGUAAGAGAUAUGGACAAGGAAAGCCGUGAGCAGAACAACCACACUACCUCCGGAGAUCCCUUGGCCAAACGGAAACGAGGUCGCCCGAGGAAACACUUCAAGCUUGACGACUCCAACAACAACCAGUCUCCUCCAGGGUUUAGCAGGACUCAGCACCAGGAUGAAGCUAUGGUCGGACAACAGGUUACUGGCGUGAUCGAGGCGACCUUUGAAGAUGGCUUCUUGCUUUCAGUUAAGGUUGGCGGUUCAGACGCCAUGCUUAGAGGUGUGGUGUUCAAGCCUGGUCACUUCCAUCCUCUAUCGGCUGACAACGACGUUGCUCCUCACGUUCCAAUGAUCAGAAGAAACAAUGACCUUGUGGAUCAUCGUAGAUCAGCAGCUCAAGGAGGUCGCAAAUCGAGGUUACAUGAGAAGCGUGGUGCUAGAGCCUUGGUUCCUGUCCCUAUUCAGCCUAAGCCUCUUUUGCCUCCGGUCCACCACGGUCAUAUGCGGACCGAGACCGAGUCUCAAGUGAGUGGAGCUAGUAACGGCAAACCAAUGGAGAAGCUAUUUACACAAGUGAUGGAGAAAGGUCAAGUCCAUACCGAGUCGGAGGAGCAGGCUCUGUCUAUUGAGCCGUUGCAGGCGAUACACCCUGUGCAUCCAGUCCAUAUGCUAAAACCUGUGCCGAGUUAUGGACGAGGCAACAUGACAGAGCUUCUUCAGGCCGUGCAGGAGAAUGUGAGAGAGACCCAUUUUUCACAAGGACAAUGAUUAUCUGGAGAUCCUUAGAGAGCUUAAAGUCUGAUUCAAUCUCUUUGUAAUCAGAAAAUAGGAAAACAGAAUCUAACUAUUGUCUUAGCUUAAAGAUGUCAGGAAAAUUUACCAUGAUUCGUUAUAUAGAUGAUCAUUACUACUUUUUUAAUUAUUAUUUGGAUAAUAGUUUUAUAUCAAUAUGAUCAAAUUUAUUUUA